AUGAAUACGCUGGUGGUGUUUUCUGCUUUAUGUGCUGUAGCAUGCGGCUCUCUUGUGCCUCUAGCACAGCCGCUGCACCAAUCUGCGCUCGUGCUGGACCCGCACGGCCGCCCACUCGACACCGCCGAGGUGAUCAACGCCCGCGCCCUGCACCUGCAAGCUAAGGCCCUGGAUGGACACUACGCUCCCCUCGCGCACGCUGCCGUCGUGCCCGUCGCCCACUCCGUGGUCGCCCCCGCCGUGGUGGCCGCUCCCGCCGCCGUGUCCCACCAGUCCCGCGUGGAUGUGCACAGCAGCCCCGCCAUCGUGAGCCACACCAUUGCUGCACCAGUAAUAGCCCACAGCGUUUACUCUGCACCUCUACUGGCCCACUCUGCUCUCAGCUACGCCGGUCAUGGACACUACCUGAAGAAGCGCUCCCUGGGACACCUCGCCUACGCCGCUCCCGUCGUCACCCACGUAGCUCCCUCCGCGGUGUCGCACCAAUCCCGCGUGGACGUCGUCUCCAGCCCCGCCGUGGUGUCUCACGCCGUCGCUCCCGUAGUGUCCCACGCCUACGCCGCUCCCGUAGUGGCUCACGCUGCCCCCGUUGUCGCCGUAGCUCCCGCCGCCGUGUCUCACCAGUCCCGCGUUGAUGUGCGCACCAGCCCCGCUGUCGUCUCUCACGCCGUCGCUCCUCUCGUUCACGCUGCUCCUGUCUACGCUGCCUCCGCAUACGGUGCUCAUGGAUAUGCUGCAUACGGCGCCCACUCUGUAUACGGUGCCCAUGCUGGACUCGCCCAUCUUUUGAAGAAGCGAUCUCUUGGUCACUUCGUGGCCCCCGUUGUGCACGCCGUUCCUUCUGCUGUGUCCCACCAGUCUCGUGUUGACGUGAUCUCCAAGCCCGCUGUUGUGUCUACCUACGUUCACGCCGCUCCCGCUGUGUACGCUGCUCCCGCUGCCGUGUACGCCGCCCCUGCUGUGUCCCACUUUGCCCCGAUCGCUCACUCUGCCAUCUGGUCUGCUCCCCACCAUCUGAAAGCUGCACUUUGGUAA